ACGCGAGAUAAAGUUUGUAUCUCCAAUGGUGAGAUACGCACAUCUUCAGUAGGACGCAAGAGGCUCCUGUAGCCAGAUUCCCUACAUCAGGGUGGAAAUGGAUAGCCUAUUCUGGUGGACGGUGUUAGUGUAGCAGAGGAACAUUUAUAAUUAUAUAUGUAUUGCAGAGGAAGAAGAUAUGAUGCGUGGAGGAGCAGGGAGGGUUGGAAGAUGGGAAGUAAUGUUGGGUGUUGUGGUGGCCAUCUGGACGUUAUCCAUUGUGGUACUGGCUGAUCUACACCCUGAGCCUCGCCAACCACAUUACCCUGAGCCACGCCAGUCACCAAACCUCGAACCACGCCAAUUACAUAUUCCCAAGUCACGCCAACCAGACGAGCCUGAGCUACACCAAUCCCACAUCUCCAAGCCUCAUCAACAACACAACUUCAGACCUCACCAAGACUACCCACAAGACUCAAGAUACCUGCCCCACCACCAGAGCACCACACAAAAUGAACAAUAUCGGCACGGUCUCAAGUCUCUGGAUUUUGUUACUCAGCCCAGGGGUCAGCACGCUGCAACUUAUAACCAGGCAGAGCAGGAUUUAGAUGGUAACAUGCUUACUCUUCACAGCUACAAUGAAAAUGAUUAUGUUGAACAAAAUGGUAAGAAGCAUAACACUUCAAUCCUGAAGAAGAGUUCUCAUCGUGAGCGUUCAAUUGAAUUGCAUGUAAAUAAAGUGAAUGGCAGCAGUAGUUUGGAAGAGAUAAUUCAUUCUGUUGUGAUCGAAGGAAAGUUUGGAGAAGACAUAAAGGAGGAUAUUAACAAAACUUCUGAAUACUUGUUUGAGUUCAUAUAUAAUGCAACAGAAUUGAAGAGUAGUGCUGUACGUGUGACUGUAAGCAGCCCAUUGAGCGGUUAUACGUAUCCUUUGUUAGUAGUAGUACGGCAACAACGAGGAGUACUGUCAUGGCAGAUCCCCUUAGAACCUCCAGCCAGCACACAAAUUUUAAAAGAAUAUUUCACCGUGUCUCAUACCUUGUGUCCAGUGAAGAACUAUAAGGUGUCUUAUGAGGGAAGUCUCGACACUACCCAGCGACUUUUCAUCGAUGUUUCAACCUCAUCACCAUCAAACCUAAGCUAUACUGUUAGAGCUGAUUUUAAAGAUGAUUUUUUUAUUGAACUGGACCGUGAAAGGUUUUUUAAUGUCACACCAGCUGAGCCUGUAUUUUAUGAAUUCAAGUUCCCAAAAGAUGUAGACAUGGUGUUGGUGAAGGUCAUUGCUGAUGAUGACUUCUGUGCUAUGGUGGCUAUUCAGAAUAUUACUUGUCCAGUAUUUGACAGUGAGGAGAAUGUUGAGUUUGGCAACUCUUACCAAACGAUGACUUCCCGAGCUGGGAUUACAGUCAGGAAACUAGAUUAUCCCAAUGGUCUGUAUGUGGUGGUGGUAAUGCUCUCAAGUGAUGAAGCUUGCUCUUCCUCAUUUCAACAUGUGUAUCAAGGUAGGAAGAAGAAAGGCGAAAUCAAAAUUGAGGAGAAGAUCACCCAGUUGGAAUAUCUUGCUGCCAUCUUUGCUGGUCUUGGUUACUGUGCAUUGUUUUACAUUGUAACAUUAAUCCUGGCUUGCAUUUCUUAUAUCAGGUCAAAGCGGAAGCAGCCCCGUGAGCGAAGUCUGUUGGAUGAUUCCAUCCUUGGAACACCAGAGGACCUAAAUUUCUCAGAUCCAUCACCCUCAUAUGGUGCCAACAACACUAGUGCAGAUAACCCAUCACUACCACGCACUGCCUCAGACUCCUCCCUGGAUGAAGAUGAUAUUGAUAUGCUCACUGAUGCUGAGAGUGAUAAAGAUAUCUUCAGGACGAAGACCUUCUUGUAUGUGAGCGACUUAGCCCGAAAGGAGAUGCGUGUUUUGACCAAGAAAUCACAGCUUUACAUCUGGGGCUUGUUAACUGUUGGAGUUUUUUAUGGUGUUCCUGUUAUUCAACUGGUUAUUACAUAUCAAAGGGUGUUGCACGAAACAGGAAAUCAAGAUCUGUGCUUCUACAAUUUCUGGUGCGCCCACCCACUCGGUCCACUCAGUGACUUCAACCAUGUCUUCUCAAACAUUGGCUACAUCCUUUUUGGUGUGCUAUUUGUUGUUGUGUGUGCUCGACAAAAUCAUCGUCACACUCGAGCUGCGCAGAUUGAUUAUAAAAUUGAUAAGUAUUAUGGCAUUCCCCAGCAUUUUGGUAUAUUCUAUGCCAUGGGUGGUUCUCUCAUCAUGGAAGGUCUACUCAGUGCCUGCUAUCACAUUUGUCCCAAUAACUCUAACUACCAGUUUGAUACGUCAUUCAUGUAUGUGAUGUCAGUGCUCUCCAUGCUAAAAAUCUAUCAAACACGUCACCCUGAUAUUAAUGCAAGUGCUAGUGCAACCUUUGUCACCUUGGCUGUGGCAGUUCUCCUUGGUGUCAUUGGCGUCCUCUCAAGAAAUCUUUUAUUCCUGAUCAUAUUUAGUAUGAUACAUGUGGUCUCUUGCCUCCUCCUAUCAUGUUACAUUUAUUACAUGGGAAGAUGGAAGCUUGAUAUGGGGCUUUUCAUGCGUAUGAAAGCAUGGUGCUUAAGUGAGUUCAGUGAUUGGAGGCAGAUUUGUCGUCCCAUGUAUUGUGACCGAAUGGUGCUAUUGCUGUUGGGAAAUGCAGCAAAUUGGUGUUUGGCCAUUUAUGGGAUAGUGACGACACCCAAGGAUUUUGCCUCUUACUUGCUCAUUAUAUUCCUUACCAACCUUCUCCUUUACAUAGCAUUUUAUAUAAUAAUGAAGUUACGGCACAGUGAACGGUUGCUGCUUCAGCCACUUGUGUAUCUUGUCUUGUGUCUGCUUGGGUGGAGUGCUGGCAUUUAUUUCUACACACAACACACCACCACCUGGGAACUGACACCAGCACACAGUCGCCAGUACAAUCAAGAGUGUGUGCUGCUUCACUUCUACGACACUCAUGACAUUUGGCACUUCUUAUCAGCUGGAGCCAUGUUUUUUGGUUUUAUGCUGCUGCUAACUUUGGAUGAUGACCUGGCUCAAACACCACGUGAAAAAAUUCCAGUCUUUUAAGAAAACAAAUUAGUUUAUAAAUUUCCUCAUUGAUACAAUAAGACAUAAUUAAUAAGGUGAUUUUGUUGUAUAUAAUUUUUAUAUGGGGUAUUUUCAUCAAAUUAAAUCUACAUUUGUGAUUAUAUUUUAAGUACCUGUAGUAUUAAGGAUAUUAUUUUUAUAUACAAGAUGUUAUUCAUGACAAUACUGUCAUUCAUUUUGUGUAGAGUAUGAGUUGAUUUCUUUAGCACUUUAUUUUUCUGGGUUAGCACUCUGUAGUUUCCUAGUGUAUUGCCUCUAAUACCACAAGAAUGGCCACAAAACUACUAGUUCUCUGGAUUUGUCAGGUCUGCUGAAAACCAGUGGGCAGCCAGUCAACUAAACCAAACACCCAUUCCAGAAGAUGAACCAGCAGAAUUUCCAGAUUUAACAAUCGUUUGUAUUACUCAGGCCUCAGAUUUUUUCAUAAAAGAGAGAAGGCUCCCUCCCACAGCCCUGGCAACAGUUGAAAACUGCAAAAGUUGGUUCCUGAAAAGUUUGUGUAUGGAUAGUAGACCACCACCUUGGAGGGUUGCUUAGCCAACACAAAUGACCUUCAGCGAUAAAUAUUGCACACCUGAGGAUGAAACAAGAGAAGGGGGAAGGGGGGGGGAAGAGAUGAGUGAGGGGCUAAGAUAUGGAGAAGGGAAGGGAGAGACCUGGGCACCAAUUGUUAUCCCCACGUAGUAAAAUAUGUAUUAAAAAAGCCGCUGAGAUCUAGCUGAAACUGGUCAUAUGAAUCACUAACAUACUAUCCGAGGUACACAUUCCAAAGGUAGUGAAGCCACACCUAAACCCAGUUAAAAAUAGAAAUGAUGCAAGGCAUAAGACACCAUGGAAAUAAAUCAAAAGCAUCCUUACCCACCACCCAAUCAGGAUCCCAAAGAUGACCAGGGUUCACUCAGAAACAAGGCAGAGCUAUGCACAGAUAUUCUCAGACUCAAGUACACAGUGAACUUUAUCAACAUUUCUGAAUUAAAGACAAAGUCCCAAGAACUACCCAUACACCAGGGCAACUCUAAAGAAAUGAGGGCUUUUGAACUCAUCAGAAAAGAUAAUCGAGGAUAUGAGAAGGGUUAGCCGAUAAGUUAAUUUUGGAAAGAUGAGGUGGCGAACUAUCAGAGUAAGGACAUAUAAAAGACAGUUCUUGACCGGGACCAAGCACCAGAGUGAGCUGGUUAGGAUGCUAGCACAUGAUUUGUUAACAUUGAAACAAGGGAAGAGAUUGUUUGCCCAAUCUUUUCUUUUGCCAGUGUGUAUAUUGUUUGUUUUGCUUCUGUAUUUUCUGAACGGGUUUACUUAGUUAUGGUGUUAAUCUUAAAUCCCUAUGCUCCUCUCACCUCUAUAAGCACACAAGGUUCUGGUCAUGAUGUUCGGUAGGCCUGCACAAGUCCAGAGUCGUGAUAGUAUUAUGGGUGUCUGUGGUGCCAUAUCUAAUGCACUAAGGAGCUACUGAGGCUGUUCUGGAAAGAGUACAUCAUUACAUUCAGCAAUAUUUUCAUAUUUUUUACAAUAGGAUUUGUAGGAAUAACUUUACCCUCAUUUCAUCAGAGAACUCAUUAAAACCUUAAACAUACAAAACUUGCUUGAAAAUUAUUUGUACUUCUAUAAGUAGUUUACAAUCAUUUUAUUUAAAAUUAUAUGCCUGUAAUCUCUCCCAUAUACAGAAGGCCUGGGGAGGGUUACAUUUAUUGUAUUGCCCGUUAACAUGGUAACAAUAUUAAAGGACUUGAGUAAAAGUAUUUAAUAACACUACUUUAUUUGGAAUAUGCCAUGUGUAUUAUUAGUGUAAUGCAGUGCAGUAUGGUACACCAUUUAGUUCUACUAAUAUUGUACAGCCCGACCUUGCUCAAAUGGAUCAUGGAGGACCAUAAAGAAUCUGCCAACAGAAACUCCUCUUGAUCCAGAAUAUGGUGUCCUCUCCACCAAAAAUGCCAUGACAGGAAACUUAUCCCUGUAUGGGUGAAGUUAUAUAUUAUAUGCAUACUUUUCUCUUAAAUUGUGUAAUUGUAAGUUGUGUAUGGGAGCUAAGGAGAGCAGUGUAUGGGUGACUAUUUGUUGGGUGGGCAGAAGGUAGUGUGAUGAUGAGAGGGCGACCUGUCCUAUCAAAUAAUACAUCGUGUUUUGAUGCUAUAAGGAUUAAACAUAAUUUACA